ACAAAACGUCCCACUUCCGAGCAAUUUGCACACCACCGCGUCACGUGACUCCAGUCUCCAGUCUGGAAUUCUUCAGCCAGCUCCCAAGACAGACCUGCCACUGAGAGACGAGGCGGCCAUGGAGAACUACAAAGCCUUUCUGGUCAUUUUGUCCUCCGCCGUAGUCGUGGGCAUUAUCUCCAUCAUAUUCGUGCUAAGAUGGGUUUUUUACUAUCAAGGGGGUCUGGCCUGGGACGGAGGACUGGCCGAAUUCAACUGGCAUCCGGUGUUGAACAUCUGCGGAUUUAUCGUGCUGCAGGGUCUGGCCAUCAUUGUGUACAGACUACCAUGGAGCUGGAAGUGCAGCAAAUUCACCAUGAAGUUUAUCCACGCAAGCUUGAACUUGGUGGCCUUCAUCUUUGCUGUUGUGGCUACAGUGGCAGUUUUUGACUUUCACAACACUGACAAAAUCCCCAACAUGUACAGUCUGCACAGCUGGGUGGGCCUGACAGCUGUAAUACUGUACUCUCUUCAGCUUGUUUUAGGGGUUACCCUGUAUUUGAUGCCAUUUACACCUGUAUCCUGGAGAACGGCCUUUAUGCCCAUCCAUGUCUACAGUGGCCUGCUCCUCUUUGCCUCGGUUAUAGCAGUGGCACUCAUGGGCAUCACUGAGAAACUUAUUUUUAGCCUGAACAACCCAAAGUAUAAGAAUUUGCCCCCAGAGGCAAUCUUUGUGAACAUUCUGGGACUACUUCUGGUAGUUUUUGGAGUGCUAAUCGUUUGGAUUGCCACUCGGCAGUCUUGGAAACGGCCCACUGACCAGACCUUGCAUAGUUUGCAUUCCGAUGGGGGCGGUGAGGACGGCACAAACGUGGGUCCAGCCCUGUCUCAACUGUCAGAUGCAGCGGAGGGUGAAACCUUUGGGGAAUUCCGCAGGAGGAGUAAUAAAUUUGAUGAUCAGGUCAACUGACUUUCAAAAUAAAUAACUCUGAGUUGGAACUGUCUCUGGUUUAGAAUGAAUGUACACUCCUUUUCCACUGGUCAAUUAUGCUGUAUUUUUCUUCAUAUUUGUUUCAUAUUUUUGCUAUAUACAGUAGAUGCUGAAUGUGUGCUAUAUGUGCCAUUUUUGGGGGUCCUUAGCCAAACCGAUGUUGUUUUGCACAAUGCUCAUCCUAUAUACCCACUGGGCCUUUAGCGUCCUCCUUCACGCGGACCCUUCCCUGUUUAACGUCCGCAUGCUGUCCUCAGUCACGUCCGCCUUUCCUCUAUAUAAGCAGCGUGUCGGCAGGAAAUGCUCCCAGUCAGUCAAGCGGAGUGCUCAUCAAGGUCACACAACAACAUUUACAGAUUUUGGAACUCUGUGCACACAUAAGGCGCGCCGCAUUAUAAAGCACCCCGUCCAUUUUGGAGAAAAUUUAAGACUUUUAAGUGCGCCUUAUGGUUGUGAAAAUACGAUAUGCUGUAUUUUUCUUCAUGUUUAAUCUUUGUUUCAUAUUUUUGCUAUACACAGUAGAUGCUGAAUGUGUGGCGGCACGGUGGCCGACUGGUUAGAGCGUCAGCCUCACAGUUCUGAGAACCCGGGUUCAAUCCCCGGCCCCGCCUGUGUGGAGUUUGCAUGUUCUCCCCGUGCCUGCGUGGGUUUUCUCCGGGCACUCCGGUUUCCUCCCACAUCCCAAAAACAUGCAUUAAUUGGAGACUCUAAAUUGCCCGUAGGCAUGACUGUGAGUGCGAAUGGUUGUUUGUUUCGAUGUGCCCUGCGAUUGGCUGGCAACCAGUUCAGGGUGUACCCCGCCUCCUGCCCGAUGACACCUGGGAUAGGCUCCAGCACGCCCGCGACCCUAGUGAGGAGAAGCGGCUCAGAAAAUGGAUGGAUGGAUGGAUGCUGAAUGUGUCGCCCUAUGUCCUGAUUGUAUGUAAAUAGCCUCCUCUGUUUGAUAUGAACUGGAUUCACAUGUAUUAGUAAUCAUGACAAACUUUACUAAACUCCCUCGAUUCUCUA